AUGACUUUCUGGUAUAAUACAUGGAUAGUCUAUGGUUCGGGAAGUGUUCGAUUAGAAUUCUAUAAUAGUUCAAACUAUAGGAUUGGAAAUGAAUAUAUGAAAUCUCUUUCUUCUAACUUAACAUGGACUUAUGUUCAUAUCAAAAGACCUGUUCAUAAUUAUGCAGCAUUUGCUAAAAUUAUAAUUCGAAUGCAUAAUUCUAUGGGAAAAGUUUUAAUGGCUAAUAUUUCUAUUGAACAAGUAGAUUUUUGGCAGAAUACGACAUUCUUUGUGUCUCCAAGACGAGACGGAACAAUUUUUAUUCAAUGGAACUUUGAAAGUAAUGGAAUUGAUAUUGCUACUUAUGAUAUUUACAGAGAUGAUCAUUCACGAAAUCCAAAUGACAAAGCAAGUAAUUGGAUUGGAAUUGUAAAAUCAGGUGAAUUAAUACAACAUCUUACUCUUUACGGCGAAGAAGGAUAUCCAGAUGAUCAAGCCGAAAGACGAAUUUUAUUUCUUUUGAAUGAAUUGAAACUACAUCUCGACCAUUCUUAUGGUCCUUCUGGUUAUAUGCAAGAAGGAUUGAGCUAUCUUGCAUACACAUUACCCAUUCUUGGCCCAGCUGUUUAUCUAACAAAAUAUAUGGGAAUUUGCACUUUUGAUGAAGCUUGGUCUCGUCCAGACUGGCACAACUUAGCUUUACACAUAAUUUCAUUGAGAAAACGAAGAAAUUCUUUACAAUUUGGUGUAUCAGACUCAACUUAUUCGUAUAAUGGAUUUAUGCCAUUUAUUUUCAACUCUACUAAUGACAUAAACAUAAAAGCUGCUCUAAAAUGGUUAUAUGAUCGCACUAUGGGAAUGAAUUCGUCUUCACCAGCAUACGAUGGUAAAGACAAAAGUGCUGCAUUGUUAUAUUAUCCAUAUGAAAUAGCAGUUCAGCAUCCGAGUAUUGCAUUUCCAAGAUCAACUUCAAUGAUUAGUGAUAAUAUCGAUGGAUUCUAUGCAUUUCGAAAUCGUUAUCAAGAUCAAAACGAUGUAUUAAUUGCACUUAUGAAUAGAAAUAGACGUCAUGGAGGAUGGAAUGCAAAUGAAACAUUUGCAUUGUCAAUUAUAAGUCACGAUACCACUUGGGCACGAAUGCCUGGAAAAGAAUUUAAAAAAUAUAAUCUUACGAGAAAGUUCAGUACGCCACUCAUAGAUGGAUGGCCUAGAGAACCACCAAAAAGAAAGAAACUUGGUUACACAAAAGUAAUAAGAUCGUUCAAUGAUCAAGGUGGUGGAUAUGUUUCCAUUGAUUCCAGUGUAAAUUUAAAUAUUACUCUUGCACAACGAGAUAUACUUGUGGAUAUGAUAACGAGAGGUAAUAUCGACACAAUAAUAGCUAUACACGAUCAAUUUAUUAAUACUUUAUCACAUUUUUGGCAUUGGCAACUUAGUCCUGAUCCAAGUGAGACUAAUAUUACAUUAGGAAAUGAAAAUAAUCUCUCAACAUUUAUUAUAAGAGGACGAAAUGAAAGUUGGCUCAAAGGUUGGCUCUACAAUUAUCAAAAUGCUACUUACAAUAAUACUGAAGAAGUAUUACGAGUUAUAAAAUAUGGUUCCAGUGCAACUUUCAAGAUCGCUAUGGCACUCGGAAUGGGCAUUGAGCCAGUUGCUAAUAGAACAGCAACCGGUAUCAUUAUUGAUGAUGCUUGUAUUGAUUUUGAUGCCUUAUUUCUAGGUUUACAGUGUCUAACGACAACAGUGAUAACGUCAACUGCUGUUCCUGAUAUUAAGACUCCAUUAAUUGUAAUAAUUUCUGUUGCAAGUGCACUUAUUGGUUUAGUUGUUCUUAUUAUAAUCGUUAUCUUGAUAAGAAAAAGAAUAAAUAGAAAUAAUCGUGUUAGUUCAAUGUUAAAAAUGAAAACAAAUAAUGUUGAUAAAUUAUCGUCGUUAUCCAUUCAAACAUUAUCUAAAAAUAACAUUGUUAAUCAAUCAAAUCUUACCGUAAACUGAUCAUUUAAAAGUAAACUGCAGAUAUUUAUCAUAAUACUUAUCGAAGACUUAUUUCAGCAAUUUUUUAUCAUUUAAAUAAAACGUGAGCCUGAAGUUUUAAUGGGUGAAUUUGGGUGUCGAUGUUCCAUAACUUUGAAAUUCACAGAUAUUUACGCACACACUCUGAUAUGUAUGUUCGCACAGAAACGGAUGAAUCGAUGAUGGACGACUACCCGGAUAGCAACGAAUAUAAUUUGUCUCAUUUAAACAGUACAGACCGCUAUUUUAAGUUAGAACAAAAGGCGAUCUAGCAUGAUUUUUCAGUCGUUCGAAAACAUUACGCAUCUCACUGAGCUGUUUUCCAUCAUGUAAAAACAUGAGUACUUUGUGACAAUAUUUCUGAUAUGCAUUAAUGUUUGCUUCGUAUUCCCAUCAAUAGCUAAAAAACAGAUCGAUUUCGCAUAAUCGCAUUAGAGCUAGAGCAUGUCAAAGAAAUGAAUAUGCUCGAUAGUUCCAUGAAAAUUGAGCGUGAACGUAGGGUAUAUUUUGAUCAGCUAGAGUGAGAUGAAACAUUCUCAAGAAGUGGAUAUAAUUCACAGGAUCAUCAGGAUGAUGAGAAACUAAUGAUAAUGGA